AUGGAUGGACUAGCUACUAACAAACUCUUUUAAAAACGUACAAAAUGGAUAUUACGGAGUAGUAUAUGUUUAGGACGUAUACAAUCCCAAUUCAAUACACGGAAGGAAGCAGGAAGAAUGGGAAACCUUAAUUAAAACAUGUAGUCGGAGAUGAGAACAAACUGAUCGAUCAUCAUAUACUGAUCUAUUGAUUUAUAAUGGUGUGUGUAAGAUGUGAUGGAUUUAGCUUAUUAGGCACGUAAGUACGUACAGAGGUAGGCGCGAUGAAGGAAGAUGAUCUGAUGAGUACUUAACCACACCUUUUGGGCUCGAAGGAAAGAGAGGCAUGAGCUAGAUCAUAUGUGACCAUCAUAUCCUGCUGCACAAGAUUCCCCAAAAUUCCAGGCACACUGCCGUUCCUGAUCGCGCCCAAUAAGAAGGAUACAUCCUCAUUUAUCGAGUCGACGUAUAACCAGUUCUCGGAGGGAACAGUUAAUGUGGCAUUAUCGAAAUGGAUGGACAGCUGCAGGGCAUACGCGAACUCCACGUUCGCGCUAAGCUGUCUCGUUGCCUCCUCUUUGACCGCCUCAAAUGCUCUCAGCGGCAGGUACGUGAGGGUGGUGCCGGAGUCGAUAAUCAUCCCGCCCCCGUCGUCACCGCCUACCUGGAACACCUCCUCGUGCACGUUCAGCAAGACAUCCCCGACAGAUAUCCCUGUAAUUUUGACAUAAUAAAACGACGAGUACGGAUCCUUUUGCGGGCUCUCUAGAAGACGGGCUGUGAUAACGGAUCUUCCAUCGUCAGCUCUCUUCAUCUGGCUGUCGCCGCUACCACCCAGAGUAAGCGUGCUGACCGAAUCGCUACCGAUGUCAGUUAAGCAAUACGAGAAUUGAGAGACAUUGAGUUGCGAGACCAAGGACAUUUGGCCGCGGCCGAGACCGACAAUCCCGGAGGAGUUGCCAGGAAAUACACCUCCGGUUGUAUUGGCCGAAAGGAACGUCACGCUCUCGACCGUGACACUACCUGAUUCAAAUGUAAAGCUCUCUGCGGCAAUAUGGCCCCAGCUCCACGACCCAUCGCCGUAAGUGCUAUUGUAGGCGCACCCGGGGGCUGUAACCCUUUUAUUCCCCGGGACGCAUCUAAGUUUCUGUAUAACCGAACCCUCAUCGUGCAGCAGCACCGGGCAGCAGGGGUAAAUCUGCAAGGUACUAGAGGACUCACUUUUGCUGCUACUAGUCCAAAUCACGUCACUGCCCGUGUCCAUAUCGAAGCUCAACUUCACCGCCGGAGUCCCGAUGGAUAGGUCCAUCAAGAACGCGCCUGAUGGGAUAGAGGAGCGUACGCUGGAAUUCAUCACCCCUCGCUCCGAUGCCGCCACACCUGUUGUGGACAAUGAUGAUGAUGACGACGAUGAUGCUAAGAGGCCAGGAAGCCUCUCAGCGUCGCGCUUUACGGCGCGUUGCACACGCUCCAGCCUGGUCAAGUUUUGUCCGCCACCGUUUUGCUCUGGGCGUCUCAGAUUCACCCGAAUCCCUUUGCCAUCAUGGCGAAACCCUGAAGUCGUUGCGGCGGAACUGGCCCGCAACAUUGAAACCGAAAUAACAGUGAUGACCACGACCGGCCAAGACGUCACUGGAAAAGAACCCGUCAUAUCCCUCCCCUCUUUUCCCGGCCUUCUCCAAGUCUGUUAUUUUUUUGAAAGAAGAAUCUUUGCUUUGUUUACUGAAUUUUUAAUUCCUACUCGUAUUGUUUAGCUUCGUU